GAAAGAACCGAAAAAGAAAGUAAAAAGUGCUCCGAAAAAGAAAAAAGCGGGUUCAGGCUCAGAUAACGACAUUGACAACGAUGAAGAAACCUCCAAAAAAAAGACUAAGAAAAAAACAACAAAGGACAGCUCUCCGUCUGCAGCUUCGGCCAAAGAAAAGAAACCUAAAUCUAAAGAGGACAAAGAUUCUGACGGAAAAGAAAAAAAGUCCAAGUCGAAGGAGAAAGACAAGAAGAAAGAGCCAGCUUCAAUGUUCCAGAUAAACGAAGAGAAAAGCUCAAAAAGCAAGAAGAAAGCAGUAGCCAAAUCUGACAGUGAUGAAAGUGAAGAGGAGGCAAAGUCAACCAAAUCGAAGAAAAAAUCAUCCGCCGGAGCAGCGUCCAUGUUCCAGACAUCAGGGGACAAGGACAAAGACAAGAAAACCAAAAAGAAAGCAAAGGCAGAAGAGAGUGAUGAUUCUGACUCUGAAAAGGAAGGAAAAUCGAAGAAGAAAAAGGGCAAAGGGAAAAAGAAGAAGGAGAGAUCGCCGUCGCCCGAGAUUCAGUUCGACAACUUGGAGGAGUUCGUCAUGGAGCCGGCGACGCAGGGCGUGACCAUCAAGUGCAGAGUGACGCGAGACCAGAGAGGCAUGGACAAGAGCCUCUACCCUACGUACUACCUCCACCUGGACAACGCCAAGAAGACUUUCCUGUUGGCCGGCAGGAAAAGGAAGAGAUGCGCAACUUCAAACUACCUCAUCUCCAUCGAUGCCACAGAUUUAUCCAGAGGUGGAGAGAACUUUGUUGGAAAGCUGAGGUCCAAUUUGAUGGGGACUAAGUUCACCGUAUUUGACAACGCUCUGAAUCCAGAAAGAGCUCUUCCAGACAUGUCUAAUGCACGUCAGGAGCUAGCAGGCAUCAUCUACGAAACAAAUGUCUUAGGAAUGAAAGGACCCAGAAGGAUGACCAUCAUCAUUCCAGGAAUGGACAAAAACAACCAGCGGGUACCUCUACGACCGAGAAAUGAAUGUGACGGCUUGUUGAUGAGGCACCAGAAUAGAAGGACUGAAAAUCUGAUCGAGCUUCAUAACAAGACGCCCGUGUGGAACGACGAAUCUGCGUCCCAUGUGCUCAACUUCAACGGCAGGGUCACCCAGGCCUCCAUCAAGAACUUCCAGAUAGUCCACAGCAAAGACUUGGACUACAUUGUGAUGCAGUUCGGACGAAUAGCUGAUGACAUUUUCACGCUGGACUACAACUACCCGAUGUGUGCCGUGCAGGCCUUCGCCAUCGCACUCUCCAGCUUUGACGGCAAAAUCGCCUGCGAGUGACCGAAAGAUUCCCUGCUGUUGUUUUCUCAAGUGCGAAACCUCGCGUGGGACACGGCCACAUGCCGACAACUCUUGGGACUGGCCUUUUAAUCGCUUCCUGCGAUAGGCGGCGAUAACAAACGACGAUCCAUUGAACCUGACGGAGCUGCUGGGCCUCGUAGCAUGUGGUCCUCUGAUCUAGAACGGCAGGACAAAGGAGAGUCCUGGUCUUUGGUCGGUAAUUUAGUGGAAAUGAACGGAUUUCUGUGAAUCACAGAAAGACACGCAUCAUUUCCAAGGACCCCAAUGGCUGAACAAUCAUAGGUUUAAUAUUUAAAAUAGUUCUUAUAAUUGGUGUUCACAUAAUCAUUUCACAAAAUAUGUAGGACUUCAGCUGAUUGCGGCUCCUGUAGAAUAUUCUAUUUUGUAUUUUUGGUUCAACAUUUUUAUAAAAUGCAUUUCUUAUUUUUAACCGCCUUUGUUGCAUCUGAGAAAGCAUGUGAACUUUCAAUCUUGUAUUUGUAUUACGGGAACAGUGUGUAGCAUUUGGGAUGAUCUAUUGGCAGAAACAUGCUAUUACUAAGUAUGUUUUCUUUAGUGAAUAAUCAACUGAACCAAACCCGGAACAACCAAACCGAACCAAUCCAUGGCUCCAUGUUCUCGUGUUUAGGCGUUGGCCACCUUAGUUCUCCAGCACACGGGACACACUGGAGACGUUACAGUAUGUUUCAAUCUGCUGCAUGCUGCCAAAUCGUACACACUGCACCUCUAAUUCUUAGUUGUUAGAGUCCGUGUGCACCUGCAGAGGGGAAUUAGCAUGCAGCUUAAUGUGGUACAUCUUUUCUCCUUGUAUGAGAUUCUUUUUGUACGUGGUCAAAUAAAUGCAAUAAUCUCAAACAAUUAAUCUCCUUAAAUUCAACACUUAAUGUGUACACACAUGUUCUGGUGUCCCGAAGUAUUUCACUAUUAUUAGUAUCCUCUCCAGUCUUGAUACCAAAUCAGGACAGAGGCCCUUCUUCUCUACUUUCCGGCGCCCUUUCUUGGAUCACGUACGCCUUCAAACGUGUCCUCAAUUUUGAUCACCAAUAAGCACCCAUAGUGGCACAGCUUGCCGUGACAAUACCUCGCCACAAGAUAAGACGGGACAAGAUAAGGUAAUCCUUUAUUAGUCUUGCAGCUGGAUCAUUUACAGGAUUAAAAAAAUAGAGUAACUGAAAUGAAAUAUUAUAUAUAAAGUAACAUUAAAUAAUACAGACGGAUAAUAUAUAUAUAUAUAUACAUAAAUAAUUGUAAUGGAAGUUAUUGCCCAGGUUUCUGGUGAUUUGGGGGUUUGUGCAGCCUGACAGCAGCUGUACUAACAUCACCCACAGCUCCUGGAUACAGUCCCACAUUACACUGUAGGAUAUAUAUUUUUUAAAAGCACUGUAUCGUCCUCCUCGAGCUGGCAGAUGAACAGAAAGACUUCUUCUAAUUGCAGGUUACCAAGAGAUAACCACGCCGUUCCAGUUGUCUGACGCAUUGAGAGGAGACCUUCCCUCAGGAAGAAAAACCUGUUUGACCCCCAAGGUGUUGAGAGCGAGCGAGAGGUGUGUAUUCCGCCUGAACCUGCUCAGGCAGUUGUCCAAACUCGCAGCUUAAACGAAGCCUGAAGCUGGCAGCUCCUGCAGAUGCUGCAAGGUGAAUUCAUUGUCCUCUUCUGUAACGCACAUUCCGGCUAAACAACUGCCAAAAUUACUGUUGUCAUUAGAUGCUAGUACAGUUUGUGCAUCUACUAUAAGGGUGAGUCAUUUUCACACCAUCUGCACUCGCAGCGUGCGCUGCUUUAUCGCCUCAGUGGUGGAUGAAUACACGGGCGACUGAUCGAAAUGUUGCAACCACGCAGUUGACCAACAGAAGGAGCUGUUGCAGGAUGGACGUGUGUUUAAGGUUCUGUUUUUUAUCGGUUAUACUGAGGAAAGGGAUACUAAGUCAUUAAAUACUUUUCCUCCAUAAGUUUAGUUAUGAUAAAUGCAAUGUUUUUUAAAUUGAUUCAAUUCAAUCACCCCACAGUGAACUCAGUAUCGAGUCACGCAUGCACAGGGCUGGGAAAUAGAUUCAAAUGUCAGUUUUCUAUUAGAGAAAAGCCCCAUUUGAAGUUAAAGUUAAUGAAAUGUUCAGUAAAAUAUCUGUAAUUUCCUUUUACAGCAUUAGCAAUAGUUAGUCACAUUUGUGACGUGUGAUCCUUAUACGAUUGCUUGAUUGCAUCGCUUAAGACUUCUUGAUGCAUCCUGCUUUGAUUUUGAAAUAAAACCCUAACCCUAUAAAAGAAGUAUACCUAUCUACAUGACGUGUUAACCUUAAGAUCUUGAGCCAUUUAUUUCCAUUUACGAAGCUCAGAGGUUGUUAAAAACAUUGUAUUCAACAAUGUCUGAGUGUGUGUUCUUUAUCUGCUUGUUCCAGCAUUUAUCUAUGAAUGUUUACACUGAAUGCAUUUGUAUUGCUGCUGUAAUCCAUUAAAUGUUUUUCUACCCCU